AUGGCCGAGGAUACCUCUACGACGGCUGUCUGGAGUUGGAUUGUCCUCAGUGGCGGUGCUCACAAACACAAGGUCAACGGCAUCCUGGGUCUUUUGUGCAGGGAGCACUUCCCAGGCCUGGUCCACUAUCAAGGAUGGUACGAGCCGGCCUGGACGUGGGAACACUACAUCGCCGCCAACAACGAUCAGUUGGAUCGGAGCGGCAGAGCCUUUGAGAACAAGGCGGAGCGGGUAAAGGGCGAGCUCUGGGAUUUUUACAGGUGUGAUGAGGGAUACGAGGAGCGGGCGGCGAUUGUGGCUCACAAUCGAUGCGUUAAACUCAUGAAGGACAUGCAUUAUGAGGCGCAAGUCCAGUGCGUCAUCAACUAUUGUGCACAUUUCCUAAAGCAGAAGAUCGGGAAGUCUGAGGCGAGGGAUUUGAAGCUGACCCGAGAGGAAUAUUUACAGGUAAGUUUAAAUUUAUUAUAA